AAACCCUUCACUGUUCUUUUUGCCUCUUAGCCAAUCACAUUCCCAAUUUUUGAAGCCAUUUAAAAGUUUAUUUUUCAUGAUACAUACAUAGUUUCCAUUUCCGUUUGAAUUUUGAAAAAAAAUAUUUACCACGAUGCAAACAAGGAAUUAUUCAGUGAUCAUUUUUAUACUAAUCUUGCUACUCGAAACUCUGAGUUAUUCGAACGGUAGCCGUUGGAGUUUGGGAGCCAAGAAAUAUUCUGGAAUGCACCACGUGAUGCAUCAGCGACACAUUCAACCGCAGAUCGUUGGACUGGGUGGACUUUCAUUCCGAAAUGGGCGAACCUUUAAAAAUCUGGGGGAUUUGAUUAAAAACGAUGAAGCUGAAUUAAUAACUCAUCUCGUCUUGCCUAACACCGGAGAAAUCGCAGUUUACCCCAGCAGCGCUAUGAAGGAUUUCGACCUGAAAGGCCUAACACGCGACGUUGCUCGCAUCAUUGGUAAAGUAUUGAAGAUCACAGACCAACUUAUCACCCCCAACGCGUCUCUUUACGACGACUUGGGCGCAGAUUCUAUGGCCGUGCAUAAAAUCUUGUUAGCGCUUGGAGAGAAAUUUGAUUGUGACGGAAAUCUCGAAGACGCCUGUGAAUUUGAAUUUGUCAAUGAUGUGAUUAAUUACGUGGAGGAGAAGUGUUCUUUUUAGGGGUAAUAAGCAUUUAGUUUAAGUAAAUAUAUAAUUAUCUAGAGCAUAUGUCUUUCUGGUAUUUUGGAAAUUACAUAAUAAUUAUAAAUUAAGUUUGUUGCUCGGAAUCUUUUUUCCGGUAAAGUUGACGUUGAAAUAAUCCGGAGUUGAUUUUUUGUUAAUUAAAAUAAUUUAAUACAUAAAUUAUUGGUGCAUUAAAAAAUAAAAUCAGUAUA